AUGAUGACAUUUGGCAGAAAUAUAUUUUUUAUUGCAUUUGGGAUUAUCAUAUCUUUAGUUGACACAGGUGCAUUACGUACUGAUGUGACCGUGUCGGGCAUAUCUUCAGGUGCUGCUAUGGCUGUUCAAUUACAUAUGGCCUAUUCAAAAGAAAUCAGUGGAUGUGGUAUUUUAGCUGGCCCUCCAUAUGAAUGUGCUGGCAACUUGACGGGUGUUACGAAAUGCAUGAAGGGACCCAUUGAAGACAUUUCGGCUGAUGAUAUUUUAUUAAAACUUAAAUCUUAUGAAUUAACUGAGAAUAUUGAUAGACUUUCAAACGUUCAAAAUGAUUCAAUAUAUGUUUUUGCUGGUACGCAGGAUUCUGUUACUCUUACUAGUAUCGUUAAAUUAAACGAAGAGAUAUAUUCUGUGUUGGGUGCUAAUGUGAAAACUAAUUACGAGCUACCAGCAACACAUGGUUUUCCAACAGACAACUUUGGUGAAAGUUGUGAUGUAUUAAAUACAAAAGAUUUUAUCAAUAACUGUAAUUUCAAUAUGGCAUACGACGUAUUGAAUCAUCUUCAUGGUGGUCAGUUGAUUGCGCCUAUUUCGAACUCAACAACGCCGCUAAUCGGACAGAUGAUUGUAUUUAGACAAGAAAAUUUUCAGAAUCCUCCGCCGUCUUUGGCUACAGGUGACAUUUCGAGUAGUGCAGUCUUGAAAUGGAUCUCAGCAACGAUUUCCUUGUAUAAUCCUACCACAUGGAGUUGGCCAACAUCAGGUCUAUUUAAUUUAGCCUUGUCUAUCACUACAGUGCCUUUCGAAGCUCAACUUCCCGAUACAUACAGCUUUUCUAGUGGUCUCGACGACUAUGGAUUCGCAUACUUUCCAUCUGCCUGUACUAAAGGUCAAAAAUGCCCGAUUCAUGUUGCACUACAUGGAUGUCGACAAGGAAAACGGUUUAUUGGUGAUACAUUCAUAACUAAGACGGGUUACUUGGAAGUUGCCGAACUCAACAAUUUGAUUGUGUUUUUUCCUCAAAUUUCUCCAACAACAACUUCACCGAUGAAUCCAAUGGGCUGCUGGGAUUGGUGGGGAGCCAAUGCUCCAAAUUAUGCAAUCAAAAUUGCUCCCCAAAUGUCUAAAAUAAAACAAAUGAUUCAGACUGUACGCAUGAUAAAUAGAGCUAUAGUUGCUGCUGUUUCACGUUAA